AUGGCUGAUGCAAGAAACGUUAAUGAUGAUAAUGAUGAUGAGAUAGCUAGACAAGAAGCAUUUAAUAGCAAAGUCGAAGAAGUGGCGGAAGGAGUUAUGCAAGCUAACCUUCCCCGCUUGGCUCAAGAAGUAGAAAGCCGAGUUUUGGGAGUCGUGGAUGCUAUGAUGACUAGUAAGAUCGAGGAAUUGAAAGAACUAAUCGAGGGGUCUAAGGGCAAAAGCAAAGAACGACGGUGCACAUAUAAAGAUUUUAUGGCAUGUCAUCCGACGACGUAUGACGGUAAAAUCGAUCCAAUCGAAUGUCAAAGAUGGAUCUCGAAUAUAGAGGCGGUGUUCAUACGAAGUCGGUGCGAUAAGGAAGAUCAAGUAAUGUUCGCUACCGGUCUACUAACCCAUCAGGCAAAAGAUUGGUGGGAUGCGCACAGUAAGGAAGUAGGCGAAGAUAGACUUCAAACUAUAACUUGGCAAGAGUUUAUGGAGCCCUUCAUGAGAUAUCAUUGUCCUCAGUCGGCUAUCGACAAGAUUCAGGAGGAUUUCUUACGCCUCCGGCAGAAAAAUGAGUCGGUAAAUGAAAUAUCAAACGCUUUCUUGGAUAAGAUGAAGUUCUGUGGGGAAUUGGUAACAACCGAGAGAAUGAAGAUAAAUCGUUUCUAUGGCGUGUUAAAGGCAGAAAUUAGAGAGUUCAUCACUCCUUCAAAAUGUGAAACCCUCGAUGAGCUCAUUAAUUUAGCACGGGAUAGGGAGAUCGAAAUUAAGAGGCAAGAAGAACGAGGUGAGAAGAGACUAAGUGAAAAGGGUGCAAGUUUUAGCCCAUCUAAAAAGGGGAAGUUUCAGGAUCAAGGAAGGAAGGGUAAGUCGAAAGGUGGAAUUACUCCAUGCAAGACUUGUGGGAAGCUCCAUACCGGAGAGUGUUUGUUAGGCAAAAAGGGGUGCUUCAAAUGCGGUAAGGAGGGACAUUCGUCUUAUCAAUGCCCGAACAACCCGAAGACUUGUUUCAACUGUUUCGAAAAGGGGCAUAUCAAAUCGGAAUGCCCGAAGCUUCAGCAAGAGUCAAAGAAAGAAGAUAAGAAGCAAGAGGGUUCUAGGGCGAAAGGGAGAAUGUUUCAAAUCACAUCUGAAGAAGCAAAAUCCCAGCCGAAUGUGGUCUCAUGUAUCUUUCUAAUAAACUCCAUACCGGUUUAUGUUUUAUUCGAUACUGGAGCCACUAUGUCAUUUAUUUCGAGUGAAAUUGUACAACAUCCAUCAUUUAAGACUGAACGAAUGCCAAUGCCCCUAGAAGUAGAAAUAGCCGAUAGUAAGGUCUAUAUGUUACAUGAGAUUUCUAGAAAUUGCAAAUUCACCAUAGAAGAUGAGGAAUUCAAUAUUGACCUUAUACCCAUGGUUUUGGGGGAAUUUAAAAUGAUAGUGGGAAUGGAUUAG